GAGCGGCCCUGCAGGGAGUUGGCAGGAAAGGCUGGGAACAGCUGCCGGAGGUGACGGAUCGGUGGCCCCGCCCGGUGCGCUGGAAGACGAAGCUUCCAGGUAGCUGUCCGCAGAGUCUGACCCAGAGUACGACGGGGCAGCCGGCGGGAGCCCACGGUCCCUGGGCGGCCUCUUUAAGGGAGGGGGCGGAGCCACGUGGAAGGAUCCCGAGGCUCCAGACUUCCUGAGCCCAGGUACCCCCAGCUCAGUGCAGCCAUGAGUGCCGAGGUGAAGGUGACAGGGCAGAACCAGGAGCAAUUUCUGCUCCUGGCCAAGUCGGCCAAGGGGGCAGCGCUGGCCACUCUCAUCCACCAGGUGCUGGAGGCCCCUGGUGUCUACGUGUUUGGGGAACUGCUGGAUAUGCCUAAUGUUAGAGAGCUGGCUGAGAGUGACUUUGCUUCCACGUUUCGGCUGCUCACGGUGUUUGCUUACGGGACAUAUGCUGACUACUUAGCUGAAGCCCGGAAUCUUCCCCCACUCACAGAGGCUCAGAAGAAUAAGCUUCGACACCUGUCAGUCGUCACCCUGGCUGCCAAAGUCAAGUGUAUCCCAUACGCAGUGCUGCUGGAGGCCCUGGCCCUGCGGAACGUGCGGCAGCUGGAAGACCUCGUCAUCGAGGCCGUGUACGCCGACGUGCUGCGCGGCUCCCUGGACCAGCGCAACCAGCGGCUGGAGGUCGACUACAGCAUCGGGCGGGACAUCCAGCGCCAGGACCUCAGUGCCAUCGCCCGAACCCUGCAGGAGUGGUGUGUGGGCUGCGAGGUGGUGCUGUCCGGCAUCGAGGAGCAGGUGAGCCGCGCCAACCAGCACAAGGAGCAGCAGCUGGGCCUGAAGCAGCAGAUCGAGAGUGAGGUUGCCAACCUGAAGAAAACCAUCAAAGUUACAACAGCUGCCGCCGCUGCGGCCACAUCUCAGGACCCCGAGCAGCACGUGACGGAGCUCAGGGAAGCGGCUCCAGGCAGCAACCAGCGCCAGCCCAGCAAGAAAGCCUCAAAGGGCAAGGGGCUCCGAGGGAGCGCCAAGAUUUGGUCCAAGUCGAACUGAAGGGACUGUUGUUUCUUCCGGGAUGUGGGGUCCUAGCUGCCUGCCUGCCCCUUAGGAGUCCUCAGAGAGCCUUCCUGUGCCCCUGGCCAGCUGAUAACCUGGGUUCAUGACCCGUCACCUCCCUUCUUCUCUCCCACACCCCCAAGCAUAGAUCACACCGUCUCUGGGGGUGGGGGGGGAGGCAAGUACAAGUCAUGUUUUUGUUGGUA